CCAUUUGGUUCAUCCAGUUGUUCAAGCUGGCCGCAGGAACUGGUUCAGACUGUUAGUUCGAUGGCCGCGGCGGGGUCUGUGAAGGCGGCGUUGCAGGUGGCGGAGGUGCUGGAAACGAUCGUGAGCUGCUGCGUGGGGCCCGACGGGCGCCAAGUUUUGUAUACGAAGCCCACCGGCGAGGUGCUGCUCAGCCGGGAUGGAGGCCGCCUCCUGGAGGCGCUACACUUACAGCAUCCCAUAGCCAGGAUGAUAGUGGCAUGUGUUUCCAGUCAUCUCAAAAAAACAGGAGAUGGUGCUAAAACAUUUAUUAUCUUUCUUUGCCAUUUGCUCAGAGGACUUCAUGAAGUUACAGAUAAAGAAAAGGAUUCUUUGAUUUCCGAAAAUAUUCAGACGCAUGGAAGGCAUUGGAAAAAUUGUUGUCAAUGGAAAUUUAUUUCCCAAGCUCUUCUAACUUUUCAGACACAAAUAUUAGACUAUAUUAUGGACCAGUACUUAAGUAGACACUUUUUGUCCAUCUUUUCUUUAUCUGCUAAAGAGAGAACAUUGUGUAGGAGCUCUUUAGAGUUGCUCUUAGAAGCAUACUUUUGUGGAAGAGUGGGUAGAAAUAAUCGCAAAUUUAUUUCACAAUUGAUGUGUGACUACUUUUUUAAGUGUAUGUCUUGUAAAAGUGGGGUUGAAGUAUUUGAGUUGGUAGAUAGCUGUUUUGCAGAGUUGAAUGUCGGUGUCACAGGCCUUCCUGUUUCAGAUUCCAGGGUCAUAGCUGGGCUUGUGCUUCAGAGAGAUUUUUCUGUGUACUGUCCAGCAGAUGGUGACAUACGAAUAGUGAUAGUAACAGAAACCAUUCAGCCUCUUUUAUCAGCUUCUGGAUCAGAGUUUAUUCUAAGUUCAGAAGCACAGUUUCAGACAUCUCAAUUUUGGAUUAUGGAAAGGACAAAAGCAAUAAUGAAACAUUUACUUAGUCAGAAUGUAAAAUUGCUGCUAUCUACUGUGAAACAACCAGAUUUAGUUAUUUAUUAUGCAGAACUCAAUGGCAUAUCAGUGGUGGAGUGUUUAUCAUCAGAAGUUGUUUCUCUUAUCCAGAGGAUUAUUGGUCUUUCUUCAUUUGUACUACCACAGUCGUUCUCACAAUGUGAAAUCUCUAAUACUGCUUUGGUGAAAUUUUGUAAACCCCUUAUCCUUAGAUCCAAAAGGUAUGUUCAUCUUGGCUUGAUUAGCCCAUGUCCAUUUAUACCACACUGUAUAGUUCUUUGUGGACCAGUGCAGGGUCUAGUUGAACAACAUGAGAAUGCUUUACAUGGAGCAUUUAAAAUGCUUCGGCAGUUAUUUAAAGACCUCAAUCUAAAUUACGUGGCACAAGCCAAUGACCAAAAUGACACAUCAAGUCCUCUUAUUUAUAAGAAUACUAGAGAAGGUAAUCAGUUACCAGAGAUUGGUAAUGGCUCAAUACAAAGGCUGUAUCAGGACACAGUUGUAAAGAACAAAGAUGAACUGGAAAAAACUCAAACAUAUUUAAAAGCAUAUUCAAAUCUGAUAGUUUCAAAUGUGGAAUUAGAAGCAUGUAUUCUAACACCAAAACUGACACCAACAGAUACAUUCCAAAGAAAUGAAACACCGAUGUGUUUGUCACCAGAAAAAAACAGGGUAAUUGAUUACAAUGAACCAAUAAUUGAGAGUAAUUCCACCACUAAUUCAACAACAGAAAACACUAGAAUAGAAAUCUCUUAUGGAAGUUUACAGGUCACAAAAAUUGCUGGAAAGGGGAGCAUGUUGCCAGUGAGAGAUAAAUCAGUGGAUAGUUGCACUUCCCAGAGUUACUGUUCCUCAUCUAUGCCAGCAGGUUGUGUUUUGCCAGUGGGUGGUAAUUUUGAGAUCUUGUUACAUUACUAUCUUCUCAACUAUGCCAAAAAAUGCCAGCAAUCAGAACAAACCAUGGUUAGUAUAAUAGCUAAUGCACUUUUAGGCAUUCCCCAAAUCCUUUAUAAGUCUAAGAAAGGAAAUAGCUUUCCACAAAUAUAUAUAAGAGCUCUUCAUGCACUGCAGUCCAAUCAACCCGUGGUAAGUGGUCAGACAGGUUUGGAAUCAGUAACUGUUAAGUACCAGUUACUAACUUCAGUUCUUCAGUGUUUGGCAAAAAUAUUAACCAUUGAUUUGGUAAUCAAUAUUAAGAGACAGCCUGUGAAAGUUUAUGAUCAAGAUUCAGAAGAUGAACUAUAACAUCUGAAGAUUUUUGUUAACCAGACUUUUAAUUCAACUUAAGCCAUAAAGCAAAACAGG